AUGGAUUCUGAAAGAAAAGCAUUCCAAGAGAUUGGAAAUAUCGUCAGCAUCAGGGAACUCUCUAAUAAUACCCCUACUACUAAAAAUAACAAGCUCCCCAUUUCCUCAUUAAAAAAAGCAAAUGCUACCUCGAUCCCUACAAUCCAUAAUCCAAAAUCAUCAAUAAAUAUCAAUACAAAUACAUUCAUUACACCAAGACAUUCAUUAACUGUAGCUAAAUCAGACGAUACUUUAAAAUUAGGUAUCCAAAGACAAAGGCAAAAGCAAAAGCAAAAUUCUAAUAAAUCUUCCUUAAACGUAUACCCUAUCAAAAAUUCAUUAUCACCCUCAUCCUUAUCAAUUCCUUCAUUAACAUCUAGUUCAUCCAAUCCAAUUAUAUCAAAUGGUACUACUACACUUCAAUUAUCACCAAUUCAAUCAUAUAAAAGAAAUAAUUCUCAAGGAAAAAAAGUUGGCGGUGAUGGUUCAAUGUCUAAAUUAAGAGCCCAAUUGCCACACGGAUUGUUAUCUCCUAAUAGAGACAAGUUGAAUAAAGAAAGAAGUCUAUUAUCGAGUAAAGAGGGAGAAGUAAGUUUACUAUCCAGUAGAGAAUCUAUUAAAGAUAAACAUCUUAUAACUGCUAUUAGCGGUGGUAACGUGAAUAAAAAAAGAGGGACUUCAAUAGCAACCAACACCAAUCACAUACCUAGCAUAAGAAGAGAGAAAUUGCAAAGUGGUAAGAAAAAUUUAUUUGAUCAAUUGACAAGAGAAAAUAGUCUUGACGAGGGAAAAGAGAAUGAGAAUGUUAAACAAAUUGGUAAAGAAAGUAUUAAUAUGAUAAAGAAAAAAGUUUUAUUUGAUUUGAAAAAAGAUACCCAAUCAAAUAUACACUUUGAUAAUAUCAACACACAAUUGAUACUGACAGAAUUACAAAAUAUACGACUUGAUAACAAAACUAUAAAGGAACAAAACCGACUUUUAAAAGAGCAAAACCUUCAACUACAGGAGAGACAACUUCGGAUCUAUGAGUUGUUAUUGAAACAAGAUGAGAUGAUACGAUCUUUGAAGAACGAAUCGAGCAAAGACAAAUGA